AUGAUCUCGCAAAAGGAGACUCCGCCGUUCCCGGCAUGGAUUGCGCCGACGCUGCGCCAGUGGUACGUCAGCGCGGCAGCGGGCUGCUGCGUUAUGCUCGUGCUCCUAUUCUUGUAUCUCUUCCUCUCGGGGAGGGACUCGUCUUCCCUCCUGCUUGCCUUCCGCACCGGACCGCCGCGCGACUGCGACCCUCUCCAGCUCUCCCCAUUCGCCACCCCCUGCCCCGCCGCGCCCAGCCCUCCGCAGCCCUACCGCGCGCACGAGAACCCCCUCUGCUGCGCCAACACUGACCCCUCCCCCGCGGAGCCCGCGAACGUGACCCUAUGGCGCGCGCAGCUGCGCGGAGUGGUGCUGGCGCUGCUGUACAACCGCGCGCCGCACGUCAACGCGUCCGUCAUCGCGAAAAAGGACAUCACCAAAAAUUUGAGGUCCCAAAUCCAUACCUCUAAAAUUGCCAUCACGUAA